AUGGCAGCGGCGGCGCAGGCGCUCGCGCUCUCGCGCGCGCUGUCAGCGCCGCGGGGCCAAGCGGCGGCGGACGGCGCAGAGGAUGGUGCAGCUACGCCGCAGACGGAGGGCACGGGCGCGCUGCGCCUCAACACCUGGGAAGACGUCGACGAACUGCUGGCGGCGCGCGCGGCGGCCGGCGGCACCGCCAGCACCCCCUCAUCAGCCUGCUCAGGCGAGGGUGGCGCGCCCGCCAAUUGCGCUGGCAGCAGGGGCGGCGCGGCUGCGGCGGCAGCGCAGCAGGAGGCAGCGGCAGAGGCGCUGGCGCUUGGCACGGGGGUGGCGCUGCUCUCAGCAACGCCGCAGCUGCGGCUGCCUUGCGAUGGAGUGCCCGAAGAAACCAGCUCCACCAGCCAAAUUGUUGGCCAAGACCCCACAGCAUCCCUGCAGAGCCAUGGUGGCACCGCCGCGGCUCUUGCCAGCACAGGCCAAGGCGCUGUUGCAGCGAGCGCUGACUCACCCUGGCCGCAGCCGGGGCUCCAUGGAGGCGGCCCCGCCGGCGCAGGCGCUGCCCUGCAGCCCCAGCAAGCGCGGGCGCAGGAGGCAGGCACACCACCGGGGCCCGUCCUGACGGCGUCUGAUGAGCUGUGCGAGUUUGGGAGCCCCACAGUGAAAGCGGUUCGCGAGGCAGCGCGCGGGUUUGCACCACCCCCUCUCCCCCAGGAGCCCGUGGCGGCGGCUGAUUGCGCCAUAGGUGCCGGUGCGCCGCCAGCCGCGCACUUGCUGCCUGGUGCAGCGCGGCCUCUCGGCUGCGGCGCCCGUUCAUGUAUGGCGCUGGCUGCCCCCACCGAUGCGUCGGCGGUGCCAGCCACGGUCGCGCGGUACGCAGGUGAGGCGGCGGCCGCGGCGGCGCUGCUGCAGCCGACAGAGGACCCUGAAACAUGGCUGGCCCCGCCGACACAGGACGGUGCUCAGGGCGCCGCAUGGGGCGGCACAGUUCCUGCGGCUUACAGUGGUUCUAGUGGCCCAGGCGGGGCCCCUGGAAGCGGCUUGAGGCGCUCAGGCGGCAGCGCCGGUGAGCCGCAGACAGCCGCACGGUUGGGCGGUACACGCCCGAUUGCUUCCGGUGAUGCGCACGACGAGCGGCGGGGUGCGGACGAGCCUAUCGCUGCAGCGGCGGCGUGGGCGGGCCAUGGAGGUGGCAGCGGCGCCGACGCCAGCAGCCACAGCUCAGGGUUGCAGGCGGCCAUCAGGCAGUGGCUGGCAGAGCAGCCGCACCCCAACCAGCAGCAGCCGCCGCCCGAGCUGCAGCAAACCCAGGAGCUGCCACCGCCAUUGGCCUGUCCAGGGCGUGCUCUCGGCCUCGUCAACCCAAGCUCGCGGCUACAGCCGCCUCGGUAUCACGCAGAAGCGCCUGGCCUGGGUGCUGCCCCCUGCGGCGCAAUCACUGGAUGCUGGAACGGCUCCCAGGACGAGCAGCAGCAGCAGCAGCAGCAGCAGCAGCAGCGCGCGGCUGCUGAGGAGUGGGAGCGUGUUGACCUGGCCAGCCUCAGCCUGGCCGAGCUGCAGGAUGUCCUCGUCAGGGGCUCACUCGCCCUGACACGCACGCCGGCGCCGGCGGGCGGGGCGGGGUUUGUGCAGGGGCAGCAGGCACGUGGCAGCUUUGCAUUCGCAGCUGCGGCGGCGGGCAGUGGGACCAGGGCAGGUUGGGGCUCUAAUGCAGGGGUGGAGGUGGAUGCGCCGGAAUGUUGGGCGCGAGGCAGCAGCCUAAGGGGUGGCGGUUGA